AUGCAUCUUGCGCAGGAACACCCGCCGAUCCAGAGCGUCAUUGUCGAAUUAUCCGCGAACCAGGUGGCUCUGAUUCGUCAACAGGGAGACGCGGAGGACAGGCAAAAGGAGAAGACGCGGAUGCAAGCCCUCGAGGGACCUGCCAAGAGGAUAGCGGACUCACUCUCGAGCAUCACGGAAUAUCUGCGAUCGGGGCCGUCGCAAUGGAGAAGCCACGCGGCGCAUGAAAUGGGACUACUGAGCCCGGACUCGACGGCGCUUUCGAUCGAGGAGCCGUUGCGGUCUCUUUGCAAGCUCCAUUCACGCUUCGACCUGGCAUCAUCCAUCAUUCUGCGCCAACGACCCCGUACACCGAGGUCAUUCUACUCUCCCCAAGGCUUCCCCCCGGCGUGGGAUCCGGAAUGCCCCAGCGCCACAUACAUGUGGUCGAUGCAUCACCUCACCAUCACCCUCCACCUCCUCCACGAUGCGUCUCUACCGUUCCCCCAGCCGCUCCUCCAAGGCUCGCCGCACCAGCUCCCGCAACCCCCCUCGGCGUGUCCAGGCACUUGGGCAAAGUGGCUCGCCGUGUGGAAGAGCUGCCAGACAUGGCGAGAGCGACGGCCGCUCACCAUGCGGCCCACGCUGGACAUUGGCAGCAUCGAAGCCGGCCAGAUGGACGCGCGGGCCGACGCCUCGCUCCCCAUGCAGCUGUACACGCACGCGCUCGCCGUCCAGGCCAACGCCGCCUACCACCUGUGCUCGCUGCUGCUGCUGGCCGGCAAGCCGCGGCUGCUGAAGCCGUCCGGCCACCCGCCCUCGGCGGCCUCGCAGGGCUGGCAUGUCCAGGCGCUCGCCGGCAUCGCGUGCACAAACGACUUUGCGGAGCAGUGGGAUCCGGUGCUCGUUGCGGCGCUGCUGCUCGUCGCAAGGGACCUGACGCACGCCGCGCAGCAGGACGCCGUGAGGGCGUGCUUUCGGAAGAUGACGGCCGCGACGGGCAUCGGCCUGGACGACGAGGUGCGCGAGCUCGAGUCGCUUUGGCGCGCUGGGCGACUUGGAUGA